CACGUUUGGUAUGCAAACAUAAAUUUAGCAACAACGUGUUCUCAGCGUGCAAAACUAUUGGAAGCAACUAUGAAGUGUCAUGUUGUCAUCAAAAAACUUUUAGAAUUUAUAUUGUGGAGUGGACGAGAGUUGAAGGAGUAGACACCGUUUCUCUUGUUCAGGAUCAAACAUUCUCACAUAGGCUUCUUCACUCUGAAUGAGCGAAAUUGACAACCGGAGAGAUGGUAACCCACAUCCACAGAGCUGCGGGAAUUGUUUUCGUGGCGUCAUUAUUGCUGUGCAAGGUGGAGGCCAACGGGCACGAAGGAGCUGUGUUCCUGAGGGAGUUCACACUGAUUCGACGGGACGACCUGCCAGAGGAGUCUUCCCCUGAAGACACAGGCAGCAAUAAGCCUGAAGACCCGAGCUCACGCACAGCCCGCUCAGAAGAGGACCGAGACACCCUGUGGGACGCCUGGGGCCCGUGGAGCGAGUGUUCGCGCACCUGCGGCGGUGGGGCCUCCUACUCUCUCAGACGCUGCCUCAGCUCCAAAACCUGUGAAGGACAGAAUAUCAAAUACAAAACAUGCAGCAAUGUGGAUUGCCCCCCCGGGUCUGGUGACUUCCGCGCGCAGCAGUGUUCUGCCCACGUGGACGUGCGUUACCAGGGCCAGUACCACGAGUGGCUUCCCCUGGACAAUGACCCUGAGAACCCCUGUGCCCUCAAGUGCAAGGCCAAGGGCACCGGCCUGGUGUUGGAGCUCGCGCCCAAGGUGCUGGACGGCACCCGCUGCUACACCGAGUCCUUGGACAUGUGCAUCAGUGGGAUCUGCCAGAUUGUUGGCUGUGACCUUGAACUGGGGAGCACAGCGAAAGAGGACAACUGCGGAGUGUGCAACGGGGACGGCUCCUCCUGCAGGCUGGUGCGAGGGCACUACAAAUCCCAGCAUUCCGCAGGCAAAACGGAAGACACGGUCAUCGUCGUCCCCUACGGCAGCCGCCAUGUGCGACUGGUCCUGAAAGGGCCCGAUCACUUGUACUUAGAGAGUAAGACUCUACAGGGCGUGAAGGGAGAGAACAGCCUAAGUGAGCCUGGGACUCACCACCUAGAAAACACCACUGUGGACUUCCAGAAGUUUCCUGACAAGGAGGUCCUGCGAAUAACUGGGCCCCUGGGAGCUGACUUCACCAUCAAAAUCCAUUACACUGGAGGGGCAGACAGUGUGGUUCAGUUCAUCUUCUACCAGCCCAUUAUUCAUCGCUGGAGGGAGACAGACUUCUUCCCCUGCUCAGUGACUUGCGGUGGGGGGUAUCAGCUGACUUCAGCAGAAUGCUUUGACCUGCGUAGCAAUCGGGUGGUGGUGGACCAGUACUGUCACUACUACCCUGAGAACAUCAAGCCCAAACCCAAACUGCAGGAGUGCAACCUGGACCCAUGUCUAGCCAGUGACGGCUACAAGCAAAUCAUGCCCUACGACCUGUACCACCCCCUGCCUCGGUGGGAGAGCAGCCCCUGGACGGCCUGUUCCACCUCCUGUGGCGGGGGGGUCCAGAGCCGGUCCGUCUCCUGCGUGGAGGAGGACAUGCAGGGCACCAUCACUCACACCGAGGAGUGGAAGUGCUUGUACUCCCCCAAGAUGCCCAUCCUGCAGCCCUGCAACACCUUCGACUGCCCUACCUGGCUUGCACAGGAGUGGUCGCCUUGCACAGUGACGUGCGGGCAGGGUCUGCGCUAUAGGGUGGUCCUGUGCAUCGAUUACAGGGGUCUGCAUGCUGGUGGCUGCAACUCGAAAACCAAGCCCCACAUCAAGGAGGAGUGCCUGGUCACCGUGCCCUGCUACAAACCUAUAGAGAAGCUUCCUGUGGAGGCCAAGCCGCCGUGGUUCAAGCAGGCCCAGGAGUUGGAUGAGCACACAGCAGUGACUGAAGAACCCACGUAA